AUGAACUUCGGAAGUGGAACCAGUGUGAGCAUCGGGAAGUUCCCUUUUGAAUACUCAGAGCAGCAGGUUUUGGACAUCGCCAAAUCAAUCGGGCCAGUGCAAGACUUGAAACUUAUGUUCGACGAAAUGACAGGAAAGUCCAAGGGAACUGCCAUAGUCGACUACGGCGACCAUGAAACUGCGGCUAGUGCUGUCAGAAAUCUCAACUAUAUGGCAUUGCCUAAUGGGAGAUUCUUGAAAUGCGCAUUUACCGACGAAGAGGAAGAGAGGGAAAGAUUGCCCCCACUUCCAUUGGGAAUUCAGAUCCAACCAAACCAGACUGCUUCAGGCGUGAUUUCAAACGUGGCCAACAGCAUUGACCAGGCUUCGGCACUUCAAAUAUUGAAGGAGGCGAAGAAAUUGAGUGUCGACAAUCCUGGAAUGGCCCAAACAUUGUUGGAACAAUUCCCUCAAUUAUCGCAUGCAUUGGUGGAGUUAAGCUUGAUCACCUCAACCACAAACCGUGAUUUGAUCGAGCUUGCUUUGAACAAAAGAAAGCCUGUGCUCACUGAAGUAACCGCAGAUCACGCGAAAUUACUCAAAGAUGUCAACAACUUGAAGGAGGACGAAUUGGAGGCAUUAGAUGAAAGCCAGAGAAAGGUGAUAGAGGAUAUCAAGAAGGAGAUUAGUGAAGGGACCUAUGGUCAAGUUGUUUAG